GGGCGAACCAGUGUUAAGAUCACUGACGAAAUCUGUAGCUGUGCUCGUACCGCGUGUAAAGUGGGUACGGUGCAUGCACGCGUGGCACCUGUGGCAUGUGUAUGUGUGGAGUGUCAACUAGAAUGCACAUGUAGCCGCGACAUUUGUGCGCAGCACAGCUCUCAUUUAAAAUUUUUUUUCCGAAAGAGACCACCAAAAUGCGGAGUUGGUGUGAAGGGCCUCAUGGAAGCCUUGAUUUUACUUGUUUUAUGCAGACAGUUGACACAACUUCCAUGACUUAAUGACAGUUCGCAGAAGGAUUGAAUCAACAUGUCGCUCGUGUUUUCAUUGGUGAUUCUUCUGAGUACUUUUCUCCUCACACAAGCUCUGCGAGUUGCCACAAGUACCAUCCUUCCAAGGUCCAUUUAUCAGUUUGUAGCAGAGUUCCUGUGUACAUUCCAACUGACAAGCUGUGUAUAUGAAAACGGCAUUGUGUUGGGCACCCAUGGUACUUGGGUCUAUGCCUUUGGGAUAUUCUGCCUUGGAUUGGGAUACAGUCUUACUUUUGACGCUUUCGGCAACCCUGCUGCCAUUUUUGAGCAGAUUCUGAAAAGGAAAAUCAGUGUUCUCAAUGGUGCUCUGAAGAUGGCUGCAGAGGUGGUUGGAGGGUUGCUUGCCUUCCGAUAUAUGCUCUUUGUUUGGCAUACCUUUGCACCCAGUUCAGUACACAUUAACCAUGCCAAGAUGGUCAGAGUAUCAUGUGUAUCAGCUCUACAAGUGAAUUUAUUGACAGGAGCUCUGGUAGAGGCCAUAGCGAUGUUUGUGUCCCGCAGUGUUGCUGGCAUUGGGCUGGGAGGGCCAAAGUAUUACAAAAUGGUGAAUGCUUUCACAACUGCCGUUGUGGUUGUGUCAGGUCUUGAAUGGACUGGAAUGAUGUUCAACCCUGCUCUGGCCACUGCCCUGACUUACAAUUGCAAGGGUCAUCAGCUGUAUGAGCACAUCAUAGUGUACUGGAUGGGCCCAUUCAUUGGCACAAUACUAAGCAUUUUAGUCUUCUAUUACAUCAUGGAGGAAUACGAACAAGGGCAGAAAUCAGUACCUGCACAUGUCCAAGACAAGAAUGGCUUAACUACGAAGGAAAAAACAAAUUGACAUAUUUUCUACAUGUUCAGUGUUCAUGUACGUGUACAUUGCAAUUACAGUAGUCGCACCUCAGUGUACAUGCUCUCACUAAAUUGAAAUGCAUGCAUACUCAACCCGUUUGGCAUUUUGAAAAGUAUUGUCAUUUUUGGAAAAUGAAAUCAAUUACUUCAUUGCCACCUUUGAAGAUGUACAUGUAUGGUAUGUGAUUGACCAUGGUAAAGAAAUGUGUGAGCUGACCAUGCACAUACAUGUAGACUGUGCCAGUUGGGUAGACGUACUGUACAUGUAUGUGCAACAAAUGAGGUCAGUUCAGCACAGUUAUUUUGAAAUAUUUUAAUCCUAUAUUUGAAAAAGUUACAAAAAAUUGUUCACCUUGUUUAUGUGGGUAUGCAUUUAUUAAACUGGUCCAUUAAAUUGUCAUGAAUGUACAUGCAUUCAGGUAUGUUUUCUUUUCAUUUUUUUUAAAUACUUGUAAUUAAAUUACAAAAUGGUGCUUAGCUUUUAGUCUAAAGUGUUAAUUAAAACCUGAUCUUCAGUGGCCUUACAGA